GAGGACGCGACGAAGCGAGACGCGAAGCGGGAGGAGUAUCGAAGCGCGCAGGCGAAGGGCAUCCCCCAGGUGGUGACCGAUCGGAUGCUGAAGCGCAUCUCCAUCUUCAGCGGCGUACCGCUCCUCCUCGGGUUCAGCACCGGACCCAUCUUUUACGGCGCCAAGGUGUUCGCGCACCUAGACGUCGCGCCGUGGCAGUUUUUCCUCGCGAGCACGCUCACCUUCGGCGGCGCGCUCGUCGGCAUCACGUACGGCGUGUUGUCCGCGUCGUGGGAGCCGGGAAGGGAGGGGACUUUCUGGGGCGGCGCGGAGAUCAAGGUGAACGUGCCGAUCCUCAUGGCGACGGUGCUCGGCAAGGCGUCGGGU